AUGGCUCUUUUGCAAGAGCUGGACGUUCUUUGCACACUUUACGUCGCUGCGCAAGCAAAAUACGCGACAACAGACAACCAAAUCAAGAGAGGCAACAGUGAAGGCCGUGUAGAGUUAGGCGACAGCAAGUUCCAAGUAGGCCGGUUCGUGUUGGACAGUGAGGAAUCUAAGGCAAUAGGCCGCAUUAUCGUAAAGCAGGGGUUGGAUCAUCUCCAGAAGAAGCUACUCAUAGUGCAAGCUGAGCAAAAGCGGGUCAACUCUGGCUCCAUGAACGACGAGAUCGGGGAGAAGAAGAUGAAAGCAAUAGCUAAAGAAUCUUUCUCGCAGCCACUCGCACUUCAAAUCUUCUUCCAAGUCACUACCGCCACGAAAGCUCUUGAACGUCUUGGUGGUAUGAAAGUACCCACGUUCGGGUUCGACGCGGUCUCUUUCCAAGAUCUAUACAAACAGAUUGAGCAGGCUUUGGAAUGCUUCGAGAAGGCGCAACCCGAGGCGUUCGCUGGGAAAGAGGACAUGCCCAUCACGAUCGACGUGCCUAACAUGUGGCAUUUCGAAUUGAACGGCUUGACUUACUUGCAAGAGUUUGUUCUACCGAACUUGUAA